AUGCCGCCCAAGGCAGCCAAACCUACAAGCGAUGAGCUACUCGCUCAGUUCGAUAACCUCGAUGUCAAGCAGUCCGGCGACAAGCCCAAACCCGCAACCACCCCCGACAAUGCAAAGGCGGGCCAUGAAGACAUUCUCGCCGAGCUGGACCACCUGGCUACACAGCGACCCAGCAGCGGACCUGGUACUCCACGUCUGUCUGCUGACAGGGCCCGCCCCUCCACGCGUUCUCCUCGACCUAGUGCGACUAUUGACCGACCAAGCGAGGAGAAGACGUCCGCUCGUCAGUCGGAGGAGACAGGUCGCACUUCUCGCACGGGCGCUAAGCAGGAGCAGCCAAAGGCAGAGCCGGAGAACACAGCACCACAGGAGGCUCAGGGGGGUGGAUGGUGGGGAGGAAUCUUUGCGACGGCCAGCGCAGCUAUGAAGCAAGCUGAAGCUGCCGUCAAAGAAAUCCAGAACAACGAGGAAGCUCAACGAUGGGCUCAGCAAAUGAAGGGCAACGUUGGAGCCCUCAAGGACUUUGGCGGCGAGCUCCGCAACAUGGCGAUACCGACAUUCACCAACCUCAUCCACACCCUUGCACCUCCGAUCUCGUCGCACGAACGUCUUCAAAUCCAUGUGACCCACGAUCUCUCAGGCUACCCCGGCGUCGACCCGCUGGUAUAUGCCGUUUUCUCGCGCGUAAUGUCCCAAGUCGAGGGCGGAGACUUGCUAGUGAUCCAACGGGGUCAGGAGUCAGCCCCGAAGCGCGGUCUCGAUGUCGGCGGCUACAUUUCCAGCGCCGGCUGGAGCGACGGGCCCUGGUGGCGGACAGUCACUCCUGGUACCCCGCGGACCAUCAAUGCGGUGCGCGGUGCCGUCGAGGCAUCCAAGUUGGCCCGCGCCAGCGCCGAGGGGUACGCGACCGAGUACUUCUCGGCGAAGGGUGGAAUCGAAGAAGCGGCGAAGCAGGCGACGGAAGAGCUGAGCGAGUCAAACCCGGUUCGCAGCAGUGAUAUCUUCCUCGCCAUCCAGGCUAUCAGCCAGUCCGUCUCGGCGGAUAUGUUCCAGGCCGGCGCAUCAGGCGAAAAGGAUUCUUCUUCCGGUGCGAUUGAGCCUAAAGAGCAAGACGAGGAGAUUACAUUCGCUCUGUAUCUCCACGAUCCUAUCCACGGCAUUGCCUUCCACACCAUCUCCCAACCAAUCCCUCAGAAGUGGAUCGAGUGGCUCGAUGCAUCUGCACCGGCCGCCGAGGACCCAGAGUCCGAGGACGCACAAAUGCCGCGCUCAGUGCUGCCCGAGUCCAUCGCCGAAAUCAUCGAGAGUGGAGGUGUGGACCCGCGCGAGUGGGUUGCAGAAUGGAUCGAGGAGACGCUGUCGUUGGCGGCCGGUGUCGUCGCACAGCGCUAUGUGGCUCGCCGCAUGGGCGUUGGCGAAGGUGGAGUUGGCAAGGGCAAGAUGCGCGCCGAGCAGGCGACUACAGUUGAUAGCGGCGCCGGAGAGGCCGCACGCGCGAUGUGA